GGAAAGACCCGUUAAAAAUGGGCUACGUUCUUGCACACCGUUAUUAUUAUUAUUGAUCUCAGUUGCUCUACCUAUAAUCGACAGGGAUUGAAAUUUAACAGAUUCUCUUUGGGUGUUCUGUUCUCUACAAGUUUCACAAUGAUUCACUUCGUGCUUCUUGUCAGUCGCCAGGGAAAGGUGAGGUUGGCCAAAUGGUAUUCCCCUUAUACUCUGAGUGAAAGAUCUAAGGUAGUACCGAUCAUCAUGGAUGCAAAACUCAAUUUGUUAAGGACUGGACAGGUAAUCCGAGAGCUGAGUGGCAUCAUUCUAAAUCGGGGUCCCAAGCUUUGCAACUUCGUGGAGUGGAGAGGAUUUAGGGUUGUGUAUAGAAGGUAUGCUGGCCUCUAUUUCUGCAUGUGUGUUGAUGAGAAAGACAACGAACUGGAGGUUCUUGAUAUCAUUCAUCAUUAUGUGGAGAUACUGGAUCGUUAUUUUGGCAGUGUUUGUGAAUUGGACUUGAUCUUCAAUUUCCACAAGGCGUAUUAUAUUCUGGACGAAAUCUUGAUAGCCGGUGAGCUUCAAGAGUCAAGCAAGAGAUCAGUGAUACGGCUGGUGUGCACACAUGAUUCGUUGGUGGAGACGGCCAAGGAGCAGGCCAACUCGUUAAGCAGUGUGAUUGCACAAGUUACCAAAUAACAGGACAGGACCAACCCUCCCUUUAUCAGUAGUACCGUGUUACCAUAAUAUCAGCACAAACCUUUUAUUUUAUCUUCAUUGAUAUUUGUUUGAUUCAGUACUGUAGUUAAUUGAUAUUUGUUUCGGAAGAAGUUGAUCGGUGAGACUAUGUGAAGUGCCUUUAGAUGCCAUCAAUUACAUUAAUUACAGAUCUCUUCCACUUCGGAUA